AUUUUUAAUCUGUGGAAUGACAUUUGUGUAGAUGUCCCUUUCCUUCACAUUUUCUUUCUCUUUCAUGUGCUAAUCGUGAAGACCGUCACCGGUUCAGCGCUGAGCAGUUUUUAAUUGAAAAGUUGUUCAUCUCGACCGGGAAAUCACAACAAAAUGGCAGCCGCCGUCGUGUCAGGCAAGGACAUUGAGAAGCCUCAAGCGGAGGUCUCCCCGAUCCACCGUAUCCGCAUUACCCUCACAUCCCGCAAUGUGAGGUCGCUGGAGAAGGUGUGUGCCGACCUCAUCAAUGGAGCCAAGAAACAGAAGCUCCGUGUCAAGGGCCCCAUCCGCAUGCCGACCAAGAUCCUCCGCAUCACGACCCGUAAGACCCCUUGUGGUGAGGGUUCCAAGACCUGGGACAGGUUCCAGAUGAGGAUCCACAAGCGGGUGGUGGACCUGCAUUCGCCCUCUGAGAUCGUGAAGCAGAUCACCUCCAUCAACAUCGAGCCCGGCGUGCAGGUCGAGGUCACCAUCGCCGACGCGUAGGCACAACUGCCGACAAUACAUCUCUGACUGAAA